AUGGCUACGGUCCCCGCGGACGUGGCUCUCGUCGUCGUCCAAGGCUCUUUCCAAACCCCUCUUGUUUAUAAAGGCUUGACGGAUAGUUUGAAGACCCACGGAUAUCUCACGUUCCAGCCGGAGCUUCCGAGUUGCAGCAAUGUGGAUAGCCCCGAAUUCCCAUCGGUUACGCUAUCCGACGACUCAGCAGCCGUGGAGCGCGUGGUACGCCAUCUCGUCGACAAUGAAGGAAAGAGAGUCGUCAUCAUCAUGCAUUCCUACGGAGGCCUCGUUGGGAGCAACGCGAUUCCGGAAGAGCUAAGCUUCGCAAACCGCCAAGCUCGUAAUCUUCGAGGCGGAGUGAUACACCUCUUCUAUGUCGCAGCCUUCAUCCUAGGCGAAGGGCAAAGUGUCCUAGGGACGUUCGGCGAGUCCCCCAAUAAUGACGUUAAGCCAGACGGGCGAUUCUUCCUUAAGAAUGGAGGGGAGCUGCUGUACAACGACCUCCCACCUACGGAAGCAGCGCUCUGGGAAUCUCGCCUGAUUCCUCAGUCGCAUGCUGUUCAGAAAACCGAGCUCACCUACGCUGCAUACAAGUAUAUCCCUUCGACGUACUUGAUCUGUGAGAAGGACAAGGCUGCCCCGCCCCUAUUCCAGGAGAUGUUUGCCGGGUCUGCAGGAUCACAGGUUGUCGAGCGAUGCAGUGCCAGCCACUCGCCCAUGCUGAGCCAACUCGAUAUCCUCGUCACCAAGAUCAUUGAUGUGGUCAAAAAGGUGACAGCUUGAGUGCCCGCGGAGUUAUCACUCAGUUUAGGGGCUGAGAGCCAGUGGGAAAUGUUUUGAUAACAUUCGAUUAUGUAUGCAAUACAUUUGUUCAAAAGCAAUCAUGUUGCAUAUACAAAAUUGAGCUACGUGCAGUUAAAUGUACAAGUAUUAAUUAGGCGAGGUCGGAAAGUGCGGGUCAGAUCAUAUAAAGCCCUAAGCUGCUACCAUAGAACCUUGGUCUGCUUCCCUACCGGUACCAUUGACAAUGGAUCUGGAGCGGCGGAAUCCAGAAGGUGAAGGCUAUCUCAUGAAU